GGAACAACUGAGCACUCGGUAAUUGGACACUGGGAUCCAGGAAUCCCGUCUCGCGGAGCAGUGAGUGCGCGGCGCUGCGAGCGUGCGGGAGUGUGGCGCGGAGCGCGGAGCCUCUCCGCGGAUGACGGUCCCGCUGCUGGAGCGCGCCUGGAGCUCGUGAGAAAUAAGAGAAAUGCAGGGAUUCGUCAGGUUACAGUUGCACCGCUGAGCCGCUCCUGCGCUGCGACGCGCCCCCCGGUGCGUGGCGGGAGAAGCGGGGGGAAGAGGACGGAACCGAGCCCGGGGAGGCGGCGGCGCGCUCAUCCACGGCGGGGAGAGCCUCGCGGACCCACCGGGGGGGAGAGAGAGAGAGAGUUCCCGGACAGUUUUCCCUGCCCGGAUGCGGCUGCGGAGCCGCGGCGGCUGAUCCGGACCCCGCCGGUCCCCGGACGCGCUCGCGAGCCCCGGCGUUUAGGCGCCGCGCGACAUGCCGAAAGUCUGCAGAAGAGGGACAGACGGACACCGCUCGUAAAAUCGCCCACAUGCACUGGAUCAAUUGCUGGAUUUGGGAACCGAUUACGCAGAAGGGGGGUCGCGGAUCGUCGGAGGCAGCCGGGGGAUGGAGCGGCGGGGCCGGGGUCACUGACAGCCUCACUUCGGGCGACUUUACCUUUCUGAUUCGUGGACAACUCGCCCCGCGUUCCCAGGACACAUGCAGGCCAAAAAACGCUACCUGAUCCUGCUGUCCGCCGGCUGCUGCGUGGUGCUGCUCGCCUACCUCGGAGGAGUGGAACUUCCCGCGGUGAGCAGGAGCCGGCACGGCCGGGGCAGAACCGGGUCCCGGCUGGACCAGUGCUGGCCUCACUACUCGGACCCGUUAAACUCCUUCCUGCCGUGCGACCAGCAGGACAACGAGGAGUACAACCUGCGCCUGUCUCCGGCGCAGAGGAAGGAUGUCAGCACCAGUGUUUACAAAGGCAGAAUGUGCCGCAUGGAGUCCUGCUUCGACUUUUCCGUGUGCCGCAGGAACGGAUUCAAAGUUUAUGUUUACCCCCAGCAGAAGGGGGAGAAGAUCUCAGAGACCUACCAGAGUAUUUUAUCCAUCAUCGAGGGCUCCAGGUAUUACACCUCGGACCCGGGACAGGCGUGCCUGUUCGUCCUGAGCCUGGACACCCUGGACCGGGACCAGCUGUCCCCGCAGUACGUCCACAACCUGAAGGCGAAGAUCCAGAGCCUGCCCCUGUGGAACGACGGCAGGAACCACCUCAUCUUCAACCUGUACUCGGGGACGUGGCCGGACUACACGGAAGAGCUGGGCUUCGACAUCGGCCAGGCCAUGCUGGCCAAGGCCAGCGUCGGCAUUGACAACUUCAGACCCAACUUCGACGUGUCCCUCCCCCUCUUCUCCAGGGAUCACCCCAUCACGGGGGGGGAGAGGGGCUAUCUGAAGUACAACACCAUCCCGCCUUUUAGAAAAUACCUGCUGGUGUUCAAGGGGAAGCGCUACCUGACCGGUAUCGGCUCGGACACUAGGAAUGCCUUAUAUCACGUCCACAACGGGGAGGACGUGGUGCUGCUCACCACCUGCAGGCACGGCAGAGACUGGGAGAAGCACAAGGACGCGCGCUGCGACAAGGACAACGCGGAGUAUGACAAGUACGACUACCAGGAGACGCUCCACAACGCCACCUUCUGCCUGGUCCCCCGCGGCAGACGGCUGGGCUCGUUCCGCUUCCUGGAGACGCUGCAGGCGGCGUGUGUGCCGGUGAUGCUGAGUAACGGUUGGGAGAUGCCUUUCUCAGAGGUCAUCGACUGGAACAUGGCGGCGGUCAUCGGCGACGAGCGGCUCCUGCUGCAGAUUCCCUCCACGGUGCGCUCCAUCCACCAGGAAAAGAUCGUGGCCCUCCGGCAGCAGACGCAGCUCCUCUGGGAGGCGUACUUCUCCUCCGUGGAGAAGAUCAUACUGACCACACUGGGGAUCAUCGAGGACCGGGUUCUGGAGCACGGCUCCCGGAGCAGCCUGAUGUGGAACAGCCACCCCGGGGGGCUUUUCAUCCUCCCUACCUACUCCAGAUACCUGGGAGACUUCCCCUUCUACUACGCCACACAGGGUCUUAAACCAGGGACGAACUUCACGGCCGUCAUCCACAUGGUCACCCCGCUGGUGUCGCAGUCGCAGCCCAUCGUCAAGCUGCUGGUUGCUGUGGCCAAGUCCCAGUACUGUGCACAGAUCAUCGUCCUGUACAACUGUGACAAAGCUCUGCCGGGAAGACACCGCUGGCCCAACCUCGGGACGGUGCCGCUCACCGUCCUGGAGGGGGAGAACAAGGUGAUGAGCAGCCGCUUCUUUCCCUACGAGGGCAUCAAGACCGACGCCGUCCUCAGCCUGGACGAAGACACGGUGCUGUCCACCACCGAGGUGGACUUCGCCUUCACCGUCUGGCAGAGUUUUCCCGAGCGGAUCGUGGGUUAUCCGGCUCGCAGCCACUUCUGGGACAGCAACAAGGAGCGCUGGGGCUACACGUCCAAGUGGACCAACGACUACUCCAUGGUGCUGACCGGAGCCGCCAUCUACCACAGAUAUUAUCACUACCUGUACACCUACUACCUGCCCACGAAGCUGAAGAGCAAGGUGGACGAGAUGGCCAACUGCGAGGACAUCCUGAUGAACUUCCUGGUCUCGGCCAUCACCAGGCUGCCGCCCAUCAAGGUCACCCAGAAGAAGCAGUACAAGGAGACCAUGAUGGGACAGUCCUCUCGCUCGUCUCGCUGGGCCGACCCGGAACACUUCGCCCAGCGGCAGACCUGCAUGAACCGGUUCGCCAGCUGGUUUGGCGGCAUGCCGCUGGUCCACUCGCAGAUGCGGCUGGACACCGUCCUGUUCAAGGACGCCGUCUCCAUCCUCCGCAAGAAAUACAGGGAGAUCGAGAAGCUCUGACAGGACCGGCGCCCCCCGGGCGGCGAGCCCACCCCGCGGGGGCGGGACCCGGUGGAGGGGAGAGACGCAGCUCUGUCUUCCACUCAGCACAUUGCCAAUGACCACGGCGCCGGGACGUAACGCGCCGGAGGGACGGUGGGGGGGGAGGGGGGUGAAUCGAAAACAAGCAGAUGGCGUUCGGACAAAAAAAGAAAAAAAAAAGAAAAAAAAAAACAGUCCACGAACUGGUGGAGGCGCCAAAACGUGCAGACGCGCUGCACGCACUACUGACGACCAGGACUCCUGCACAGAGUAUUUUUUUGUACGACGCUCCGGCUCGCCUGGGCACAAAAACGCAGGUCGGUAGAAGAGGGACGGAGUGGGACAGAUCCUGGGGACCCUCCACAGUCCGCAUCAGGACCGCGGACCGGACUGGAACCCCGCUCCCAACGCUGGUUUGAUUUCUGUACAAACCAGCUCCGUGGCUUCACUGUUCCCCCUUCCUCCUUUUCUUUUAAUCGCUUUCAUCUCUGCAGCUCAAAAUGUAAUCAACCAGUUUCCUCUCUGGAAAGCAGCCAUCAGCCCCCCCCCCCCCCCCUUUUCUUUUCUUUUCUGAAGCUUUAUCAAACGCACCCCGCCGGUCCCCGGGCGUCCGGUUCUUCUCUGACGUUCCAUCGGCGUCUGUUCUCACUCAAGUUUGAACAACAUCUCAUUUCAUGUCCCAUUUUCACCACAGCAGUCGUACUUUUCUCAUCUUCUUCCCCACUUAUGUUCAUCAUCUUUUACCCCCGUCACAAUCAAACGCUCACGCUCCCUGUGCGUGUGUGUGCGCGUGUGUGUAUGUGCGUCUGUGUGUGCGCGUGUGUGUAUGUGCGUCUGUGUGUGUGUGUGUGUGUGAGCCCUGAGAAGUUGGCUCAUCCAACCAUAAGCUGGAGUGAAGUCCAUUUUCCCUCCGUUGGAAUGAGCCAAAUGAACAUUUCUGGAUGAAAUGAAGCAGAACGUUGCUUUCUAACCCAAGCUCUUCUGUCACAUUUUAUUUCCUCCACCUCUUCUUCCACAUCCUCCUCCUCCUUUUCCUCCUUUUAUCUGCCGUCCUUCCAGAGGAAACUUCGCCGGUCUUCAGUGCCCGGCAUCAUUUUUGGAGGAGAUGUUUAUGGAGAGGAUUUAGUUUGAUUUCUGUCAGACAUCAGUGCCAUUCUGCCAUCAAGUUCUGCCUUUAAGCCAGUUUCACUGCGCGUCGCGUCGCGGCCAGAUGUUUUGUUUCCCCUCCUCGGACAUAUCAGAGCGCCUCGCAGCCACUGAACCGACGGCUCCUGGAGCUCUGUUGACGUUUCACUUGGCGAGCGAACACUAACGGGCCGCCGGCCUCAGGAGGGCAGCGCCUUCAGCACUUUGAGUUUAACCCCUCGUCCUGCGCUGCCCCCGUGAGCGCCAGCCCGCCGGUCCAGCGCCCCACGUUUCGCACCUUAGAUUAUCUCACGGGUGUUACGAAGAGUUCUGCUCGGUUGCGUUCAGAACUCGGCGUGACGCCGGCCAGAACGACUAAACCCGGCUCUCUGGACCUCCGGGUUCAGAGCGGCGUGCUUUGUGGCCUUCCCGCCAGCGUGACGCCCCGGCCGGGCGUGCCAAUCAGCGCCACACGCUCGGCCGCGGCGCCACGCCGACGGGUUUUUGUUUUCAGGAUGCUGAGCGCCGGUCAGUCACGUCCAGCUCCUGUGUUUGUUUGUUUUUUUGUUUUUUUUGUUUCGAAGAUCACGUUUGGACGUUUUUCCUGGAACCAUCGAGGAGAAACUCCAACCUUCAUGGGUUUUUUUUUUUCUUCUUCGUCUUCAAACCAUCAUAUCACGUGUGUCCAUAUCGAUCCGUCGCUGCUCGUCAUCUCAGAGGAGCGGCGCCGCCUCCUCAGCUGAUCAUCCACACACACACAAAGAAGAAAACCCACCACCAUCACUGAUCCCCGCUCUGUACAUAGACAUAUAUUUAUUUUUGAAAGGAAGAGGAAUUUAGAAGUGUGGGGCCGGUGACGUUGAGGGGGAGUGUGUGGUAUUUAUUCAGUUUGUUGUCUGUGCACAAUAAUCCACACAGGUAUUUGUUUUUGUUUGUUUUAUUGGAGGUUUUCACGCCGAAGCAUCCAUCACACUCUGAGAGUUUCACCGGGGCUCGCAGGGCCGCUCCAUCUCCGCUCUCCGCGGGAGCUAAAUUGUAAAUUCUGGAUGAAGACAGGAGGAAAAUAAUAAGCAGCCGGGUUCAGGUUCGGAUUCUGCUGUUGUGCCUUUGUGCUUUAAAACGGGGAGCGUGAGGCCGUGACACGGCGUUCACAAGCAGCUCGGGCUUCAUCCGACGCACCGGAAUUCAGAGGAGGUUUUCACUCCUGCCGAGGAGCAAACGGGGAUUGAAAGCUCUUUACUUCUCCGAGGCGUUUUCACCUCUUCAGCAAGAAAUAAUGUAACACUGACAACUGCAGAAUCCACUCUGCUGAUUGAAAGCUUCACACAGUGCAUUCAGAUUAAUUACAUUUUGGCUGCAGGUAUUAUAUUUAGUGUCUUUCCAACCACAUGAUGACCAGGAAAUCAAGUAAAACUGUAAAAUAAUUGACAAAAAUGUUUAAGUUGCAUCAGAAAGAACUUUUUUAUCAAUACCACUGUAUAUAAUACAGACUAUUGAUAGAUUAUUGGCUUUAUUCUCAUGUGAUUGGUUGCUUUAACUGUGUCACAUCCACACAUCGCUGCCAUGCAAGAGGGACGGUGUAGAGAGCUGUGAAACGGUUGAGUCCUGGUAUCACCAUUCAGAGGACUGUACCGACCACUGGGAAUCGAACCGGGAACCUUCACGGUGAGGGUCCGGCUCUGGUUGCAGCGGUUCAGAGAGUGAUGGAUGUCGAGGCGGGGGGGGGGAACCUCUCCACCCGUUUGAAUCAGGAGUGUGGUGGUGGGGAAACAUUAUGCAAGUUAACAUUUUGAAGUUCAACACAACUGGGAGAGGAAAC